CUGCCCAGGAGGUCAAAAGAUUCCACAAUGGUGCCCGAUGGGUACAUUCAACCAGCUCACGGCUCAAUCUGAUGUUACUUCCUGCCAGCCAUGUCCAGAUGGUUACAUCAGCUUGGAAACCAGAGCUGGUUGCAGGCCAUGUCCCGGGGGCUUCUGGUGCGACCCCCAGAGAGGUUGGCAAGGAGCUUGUGUCCCUGGCCAGUAUUCCCCAGAGGGAGAGAUGGACUGUCAGGAAUGCCCGAAAGGAUAUGUCUGUCCUAAUGGACGAGAGAAAGAGCGUUGUCUAGAAGGUCACGAACCUGAUGCCAGUCACACAUCUUGUGUCCCCUGUUUCCCGGGUUUUUUCUCUACUGAGGGAUCUUCGGAAUGCCAGCCGUGUCUAGCAGGGCAUUAUUGUCCUAAUUUUGGGACCGCUCAGCCAAUCCCUUGUCCCCCUGGCUCUUGGCGAUAA